AUGGCUCCUUUACUCGAUAUCAUCUCGGUCCUCGCUGGCUGCAUUGCUACUGUCAAUGGCCAGGCUUGGGAUUCUUCUUUGUUCGAAACAUCUCCACCAGUCUAUCCUUCUCCUGAAUUGCAAGGCACAGGAUGGGAGGCUGCUCUCGUAAAGGCCAAUGCUUUCAUCGGUAAUCUCACAGCUGAGGAGAAGGCAUCACUUCUGACUGGUGCAAAUGGACCUUGUGUUGGUAACAUUGCACCAAUCCCACGAGUUGGGUUCAAGGGACUCUGUCUUCAAGAUGGACCAGCCUCCUUGAGACAAGCUGAUUAUGUUACCGUCUUCCCUGCUGGUCUUACUACCGCUGCAUCUUGGGAUAGAAGUCUCAUGAACACUAGAGGAGAAUACCUUGGUGCUGAAUUUCGCGGUAAAGGUGCCCAUGUCUUCUUGGGACCUGUAGCUGGUCCUCUUGGCAGAAGUGCUAUGGCAGGAAGAAAUUGGGAAGGAUUUUCUCCAGAUCCCUAUCUCACGGGUGUUGCAAUGGAAGAGACAAUUGUCGGUGUCCAAUCACAAGGUGUUCAAGCAAGCGCCAAACAUUUCCUUGCAUAUGAACAAGAGACGCAGCGAAAUACUGCAGGUAUUUUCGAUGCAAACUGGUUCCCAAAUGACACCCAGCAGCUCUCUGUCUCUGCAAAUGUUGAAGAUAGAACUAUCCACGAGUUGUACAUGUGGCCAUUCUACAAUGCCAUUCGCGCUGGAGUUGCAAACGUCAUGUGCUCUUACAACAGAGUUAACUCAUCCUACGCCUGUCAAAACUCCAAACUCUUGAACGGCCUGCUCAAGACUGAGCUUGGUUUCCAAGGAUUUGUUGUAUCUGAUUGGAUGGGAACACAUGCUGGUGUUGCCUCUGCCAAUGCUGGUUUGGAUAUGACCAUGCCUGGAGCUGAAUGGUGGGACCCAAUGGCCCCUGGAAUUCCAACAUACUUCGGUUCCAACCUUACUACUGCUGUUAGCAACGGAUCCGUCACCCUUGAGCGUCUCAACGACAUGGCUCUUCGAGUCAUGACUCCAUAUUUCUUCCUCGAACAAGAUAAAGAUUUCCCUCUCAUCGACCCUUCAUCUGGUGCUUACCCACAGAUGAAUCAAUUCAACGAGCCAUCUAUCUAUGCAUCAAACUGGACCUCUUCAAUGGGUGCCGCUGAUGUUGAUGUCCGUGGAAACCACAGCUGGUUGGUUCGCGAACUCGGUGCUGCUGGAACCGUUCUCCUCAAGAACACCAACAACGCCCUCCCUCUCAAAGCUCCUAAGCGUAUUGGAGUUUUCGGAAAUGCUGCAGGCGAGUUGACAAACGGUCCUUAUCCUCAUGACAAAGACUACGAGUAUGGAUGUUUGCCUAUUGGUGGUGGAUCUGGAUCUGGACGUUUUUCCCAACUUGUUACUCCUCUUGAGGCUAUCAAAGCUCGUGCUCUUAAGGACGGCUCAAUGGUUCAAGCUAUCUUGAACAACACCCAAUUGGCCACCGAUGGAGGCUUCUCGGGCGUUGUCUACCCAAUUCCAGACGUAUGCUUAGUAUUCAUCAAGACUUACGCAUCCGAAGGUGAUGACAGAACUUCCUUGUCAUUUGACUGGGAUGGUGAUGCCGUCGUAGAGCAAGUUGCCGCAAACUGCAGUAAUACCGUCGUUAUUUCUCAAGCUACAGGUUUGAACCUCAUGCCAUGGGCUGACCACCCCAACGUUACCGCUAUCCUCGCUACCCAUCUCUCUGGCGACCAAAUUGGAAAUAGUUUAGUCGAUGUCCUCUACGGUGCCUACAAUCCCUCUGGACAUCUUCCUUACACCAUCGCCUACAAUGCUUCUGAUUAUGACUUCGCACCCAUCACCACCAGUGUAAACUCAACCGAACCAGGUGCAUGGCAAUCAGAUUUCACCGAACGUCUUCUGAUCGAUUACCGAUACUUUGACUACCAUAACAUUUCCGUCCUCUACGAAUUCGGAUUCGGUCUCAGCUAUACCACCUUCGAUCUCUCCUCCCUAAGCAUCACCCCUAUCUCCAACGAAACCCUGUCCUCCACCCCCGCCCCCAUGGCCGCCAAUGCCUCCAUUCCCGGCGGAAACCCCGAUCUCUGGACUCCGGUCUACACCGUCAGCGCCAGCGUCUCCAACACAGGAAAUUACUCCGGCGCCGCCGUCCCCCAACUCUACAUCACCAUCCCCGAAAUCGAGGGCAGCGAAACCCCCGUCAAGCAAUUGCGCGGAUUCGAAAAAAUCGGCUUGAACGCGGGUGAAAAUAAAACCGUCACGUUCGAGUUGAUGCGCAGAGAUAUCAGUUUCUGGGAUGUGGAAUUACAGGAGUGGAGAAUUCCAGAGGGAGAAUUCGGUAUCAAGGUGGGAUUCUCGAGUCGAGAUUUGAGAGUCGAGGGAAGCUUUAGUUUCUAA